AUGGCCGCCAUGCCCGCAGAGAUGAUGCCAAUGUCGAUGCCAAUGUCGAUGCCGGCCCCGGCACUGCCGGAGGCACCUGCAGCGCCAGAUUCCUUCAAUCAAGCUCUUGCGGCUGCUGCUGCACAAGCGACUCAACAGGCUGCAGCGGUUCAAGCAGCAGCAGCCCAAGCGGCAGCUGCUCAAGCGGCAGCUGCUCAAGCAGUGGCUCCCGCACCAGAUGCUGACCCGAACGGGGCUUUGGCAGCUCUUGCUGCGGGAGUUCCUGGAUUCCCAAUGCUGGCAGGAUAUCCUCAGCUAGCUGCUGGCUGUGGCGGGACCGUGCCGCUGUUGGACCCCGCGUAUGCUCAGCUGCAGACUGCUGCACUGUACCAGUACGCGGCGCUGGCUAGCCUGACGCAACAGACUGCCGGACUAGCGGAAUUCACAGACCUCACCGGCGCGUCCAAGCAAGCAGCCAUGUCUAAAGGCCCAUCUUGGAUAAAGCCCGGUGACUGGAAUUGCAAGAGCUGUGGAGAUCUACAGUUCGCGAGAAACAGCAAAUGCCGGCGCUGUGGGGCCGACAAGCCCUCCGAAGCCGAGAUCGCCGCCCAGGCUACAGCUGCGGCGGCCGCCGCCACUCUGGGACUCAGCAAAAACGGCCUUCAGAUGCGGCCUGGCGACUGGAUUUGCCACAGUUGUGGCGAUCAUGUCUUCGCCAAGAACGCCAACUGCCGAAAGUGUGGAGCAGCGCGUCCCAAUGAUGUUCUGACAACAAUGGGUGCCGGUCGCAAUGGAACAGGAUCC